AUGUCAACUUCGCCAGAACCUAAGGGCCUUGUCCCCUUCACCAGAGAGUCUUUUGAGCUUAUAAAACAGCGUAUUGCUAAAAAACACAAUGAGGAACCUGACGAAGAAGAUUUAAAGCCAAACAUUGACUUGGAAGUUGGCAAAGAGCUUCCAAUUAUUUAUGGAAAACUUUCUCGAGGAAUGGUGUCAGAGCCCUUGGAAGAUGUGGACCCAUACUACUACAAGAAAAAAAAUACAUUCAUGGUAUUAAAUAACAACAGAACAAUCUUCAGAUUCAAUGCCACCUCCAUCUUGUGUACAUUGUCUCCUUUCAGUCCUAUUAGAGGAACAACUAUCAAGGUUUUGGUACAUCCCUAUUUUCGACUGUUAAUUUUAAUUAGUGUCCUGACUGAUUGCAUGUUUAUGACAAUGAAUAAUUUGCCAAAAUGGGGACCAGCAGUAGAGAAUACUUUGCUUGGAAUUUACACAUUUGAAAUACUUGUAAAACUCUUUGCAAGAGGCAUCUGGUCAGGAUCUUUUUCUUUCCUUGCUGAUCCAUGGAACUGGCUUGAUUUCAGUGUAACUUUCUUUGAGCUUAUAACAAGAUAUUCACCUCUAAACUACAUGCUAAGGCUUCAAACUGCAAGAACUUUGAGAAUUUUGAAAAUUAUUCCUUUAAACCAAGGUCUGAAGUCUCUUGUAGGGGUCCUGAUCCAUUGCUUGAAGAAACUUACUGGUGUCAUUAUCUUAACUCUGGUUUUUCUGAGUGUAUUUUCUGCAACUGGAAUGGGGCUCUUCAUGGGAAACCUGAAGCACAAAUGUUUGAGAUGGCCCCAAGAAAAUGAAAAUGAAACCCUGCACAACAGAACUGGAAACCCAUAUUAUAUUCGAGAAACAGAAAGUUUUUACUAUUUGGAAGGAGAAAGAGAUGCUCUCCUUUGUGGCAAUAGAACAGAUGCUAGUCAGUGUCCUGAGGGAUAUGUGUGUGUAAAAGCUGGCAGAAAUCCUGAUUACGGCUUCACAAAUUUUGACAAUUUUGGCUGGGCCUUAUUGGCCCUAUUUCGGUUAAUGACUCAGGAUUACCCCGAAGCACUUUAUCACCAGAUCCUGUAUGCUUCUGGAAAGGUCUACAUGAUAUUUUUUGUUGUGGUGAGUUUUUGGUUUGCCUUUUAUAUGGCAAGUUUGUUCUUGAGCAUACUUGCUAUGGCCUAUGAAGAAGAAAAGGAGACAGCUGCUGAAAAAGCUAAGAAGAUUGAACCAAAAUUUCAACAGACUAUAAAAGAACUUCAAGAAGGAAAUGAAGCAACUGAGGCUAAGACUACACAAAUAGAAAUGAAGAAUAGAUCACCAGCUGCCAUGAACACAUCUUUGGAUAUAUUGGAAGAUGCUACUCUCAGACAUAAAGAAGAACUUAAAGAAUGUAGGAAGAAAUGCCCAUUGUGUUGGUAUAAGUUUGCUAAAACUUUCUUGAUCUGGAAUUGUUCUCCCUGUUGGUUAAAAUUGAAAGAGUUUGUCCAUAGGAUUGUAAUGGACCCAUUUACUGAUCUUUUCCUUAUCAUAUGCAUAAUUUUAAACAUACAUUUUUUGGCCAUCGAACAUUAUCCAAUGAGUGAAGAAACCAACAAUUUACUCAGCAUUGGAAACCUGGUUUUUAUCGGAAUUUUUACAGCAGAAAUGAUUUUAAAAAUAAUUGUCAUGCAUCCAUAUGGGUAUUUCCAAGUAGGUUGGAACAUUUUUGAUAGCAUAAUUGUGUUCCUUGGUUUAGCAGAACUUUGUCUAGUGCAUAUUGAAGGAGUAGCUGCGUUUCGAUUGUUCAGGAUGUUGCGAAUUUUCAAAUUGGGGAAAUAUUGGCCAACAUUUCAGAUUCUGAUGCUGACUCUUAGUAACUCAUUGGUGGCCCUGAAAGACUUGGUCCUGCUAUUGUUCACCUUCAUCUUCUUUUCUACUGUGUUUGGGAUGAAGUUGUUUGGUCUGAGUUACAAAAAACAUGUCUGCCGCAUAGAUAAAGACUGUCAACUCCCACACUGGCACAUGCAUGACUUCUUCCACUCCUACCUGACUGUGUUUCGUAUUCUAUGUGGAGAGUGGAUAGAGACCCUAUGGGACUGCAUGGAGGUAGCAAACAAAUCCUGGUGUAUUUCUUUUUACAUGAUGGUCAUUUUAAUUGGAAACUUAUUGAUACUUUACCUGUUUCUGGCAUUGGUGAGCUCAUUUAGUUCAUACAAGGCUGCACCAACUGAAGAGAACGGUGAGGCAGAAAAUCCCCAGCUUGCAAUGGCAAAGAUUAAGAAAGGAAUAAACUAUGUGCUUCGUAAAAUAUUUUCCGUAAAAAAACAAAAUAUUUCAAAGGAGACAAUGGACCAUGUAAAUAAUAUGUAUGUAAAAGAGAAUGUCUCUGACCACACCCUUUCUGAAUUGAGCAACACCCAAGAUUUCCUCAAGGAUAAGGAAAAAAGCAGUGGCACAGAGAAAAACACAACUGAAAAUGAGAACCAAUCACUUAUUCCCAGUCCUAGUGUCUCAGAAACUGUACCAAUUGCUUCAGGAGAAUCUGAUAUAGAAAAUCUGGAUAAUAAGGAGACCCAGAGCAAGUCAGGUGAUGGAAGCAGCAAAGAGAAGAUAAAGCAAUCUAGCUCAUCUGAAUGCAGUACAGUUGAUAUUGCUAUCUCUGAUGAAGAAGAAAUGGUCUAUGAACGUGAAAAGCCAAGACAUCUUAAAAACAGUUAUGGACGGAGAUUUUCACCUGGUCAAAGCAGUAGAAACUCCAAGAGAGGAAAAAUUUGGCAGAACAUGAGGAAAACCUGCUGCAAGAUAGUUGAGAACAGUUGGUUUAAGUGUUUUAUUGGCCUUGUCACUCUGCUCAGCACAGGUGCUCUGGCUUUUGAAGAUAUAUAUAUCGAUCAGAGAAAGACUACUAAAAUCUUAUUAGAAUAUGCUGACAUGAUCUUCACUUACAUCUUCAUUCUGGAAAUGCUUCUAAAGUGGAUGGCAUAUGGUUUUAAAGCCUAUUUUACUAAUGGGUGGUACAAGCUGGACUUCAUGGUUGUUAUUGUGUUUUGUCUUAGCUUAAUAGGCAAAACUCGGGAAGAACUAAAACCACUUACUUCUAUUAAGUUCCUUCGGGCACUCAGAGUUCUAUCUCAAUUUGAAAGAAUGAAGGUGGUUGUGAGAGCUUUGAUUAAAACAACUUUACCCACUUUGAAUGUGUUUCUGGUGUGCCUUCUGAUCUGGCUAAUUUUUAGUAUCUUGGGAGUACACUUAUUUGCUGGUACGUUCUAUGAAUGCAUUGACCCAACAAGUGGAGAAAGGUUUCCUAUAUAUGAAGUCAUGAAUAAGAGUCAGUGUGAAAGCCUUGUGUUUAAUGAAUCCAUGCCAUGGGAGAAUGCAAAACUAAACUUUGAUAAUGUUGGAAAUAGCUUCCUUGCUCUGCUUCAAGUAGCAACAUUUAAUGGAUGGAUCACUAUUAUGAACUCAGCAGUUGAUUCUAUUAAUGUAAAUGUGCAGCCUAAUUUUGAAGACAACAUCUAUAUGUAUUGCUACUUUAUCAACUUUAUUAUCUUUGGAUUAUUUCUCCCUCUGAGCAUGCUGAUUGGUGUUAUUAUUGCCAAUUUCAACAAGCAUAAAAUAAAGCAGGGAGGCUCAAAUAUCUUUAUAACAGUAAAACAGAAGAAACAAUACCGUUGGCUGAAGAAGCUGAUGUGUGAGGGUUCUGAAAGACCAAUACCUCGCCCAGGAAACAAGUUCCAAGGGUUUAUUUUUGGCUUGGUAACAAAUCAAGUUUUUAAUGUUAUCAUUAUGGUUCUUAUCUGUUUCCAAGUAAUAACAAUUAUGAUACAAAGUGAUGAACAGAGUCCACAAAUGGAAACUGCUCUCUACUGGAUUAAUUCAAUUUUUGUUAUACUGUAUACUACAGAAUGUGUAAUGAAGCUCGUCUCUUUCCGUUGUUACUAUUUCACCAUUGGAUGGAACAUUUUUGAUUUUGUGGUGGUCAUUUUCUCUAUUACAGGACUGUUGCUGCCUAUGACAAUAGGAUCCUAUCUUGUGCCUCCUUUACUUGUGCAACUGAUACUUCUCACACGGGUCAUCCACAUCCUGCGUCUUGGGAAAGGUCCAAAGGUGUUCCAUAAUCUGAUGCUUCCUUUGAUGCUGUCCCUCCCAGCAUUGUUGAACAUCAGUCUUCUCAUCUUCCUGGUCAUGUUCAUCUACGCCAUCUUUGGAAUGUAUAACUUUGCCUAUGUUAAAAAGGAAGCUGGAAUUAAUGAUGUGUCCAACUUUGAAACCUUUGGCAGCAGUAUGAUCUGCCUUUUCCAAGUUACAACAUUUGCUGGUUGGGAUGGCAUGCUCAACGCAAUUUUCAAUAGUAAAUGGUCUGACUGUGAUCCUGAUAAAAUUAACCCUGGAACUCAGGUUAGAGGAGAUUGUGGUAACCCCUCUGUUGGGAUUUUUUACUUUGUCAGUUACAUACUCAUAUCGUGGCUGAUCAUUGUAAAUAUGUAUAUUGUUGUUGUCAUGGAGUUCUUAAAUAUUUCUUCUAAGAAAAAAGCCAAGACCUUGAGUGAAGACGAUUUUAGGAAAUUCUUUCAAGUGUGGACGACAUUUGAUCCUGACAGGACUCAGUACAUAGACUCUAGCAAGCUUUCAGAUUUUGCAGCUGCUCUUGAUCCUCCUCUUUUCAUGGCAAAACCAAACAAGGGCCAGCUCCUUGCUUUGGAUCUUCCCAUGGCUGUUGGGGACAGAAUUCAUUGUCUUGACAUCUUACUUGCUUUCACAAAGAGAGUUAUGGGUAAAGAUGUGAGGAUGGAGAAAGUCCUUUCAGAGAUAGAAUCAGGGUUCAUGUUAGCCAACCCUUUCAAGAUCACAUAUGAGCCGAUUACAACUACUCUGAAACGCAAACAAGAGGCGGUUUCAGCAACCAUCAUUCAGCGCGCCUAUAAAAGUUACCGCUUAAGGCAAAAUGACAAAAAUACAUCAGAUAUUAACAUGAUAGGUGAUGAAAGAGAUGUUCAAACUACUAAAGAACAUGUCUAUUUUGACAAAGCUAAGGAAAAGUCAACUCUGCAGGGCCAGAUCUAA